AUGGUAAUCAAUGUACACAAAUUUCUUCAAGAAGAUCAUUUGAAUUCAUUUUCACAUCCGAACAUUAGUGAUAUUCGUCUCCUUUGUAAACAUGCUAAUAAAUGUAACGAUCGACGAAAUCUAACACAUCUAGCAAAAUUUCGACAUUUAAUUACAUUUGAAGAUAGUGGUGUUGUUCCUUAUUAUAAUUUAAACUCGUCAGAAAAUCAAAACUAUUUUGAUAGUCGAACUUCGAUUGAAUCAUUUGAAUCACUAAAAGUCUACCAGGAUUUUAUUAUUAAAGAUUUAAUUGAUGAAGUUGAUAAACGUGAUAUUCAUUUACUUUCAGGAUUUAUUCAAGGUACUGUUAUAACAAUACCAUCAACUGAUAUUACUGAUCAUUUUGUUUUACCUCUAACAAUUUUACAAACAUGUGAACACUAUAUAAUCGAUCAUCCAGAAAUAUCGAGUGACAUUCCAGUUUAUAUCUAUUGA